AUGGGACGAGCCAAUGGGAGGCCGGGCGAAGAAGGGGAAGAUGACGGAGCGAGGGAGGGAGGGAUGAAGGUGGGGGGAGCAGAGAGGGCAGGAGGAGAGGAGAGUGCCCUCAUCCCCGGCAGCGUGCACGCACCGCCAAUGAUGACGGAGACGGGGAAGUUGUCGGGCGCAGCCAUCAUGGAUGUGGGAGAAGAUGCAUGUGUGGUCGCAGGGGGCAAGGAGUGGGAGAGUGUGGGGCGUGAGAGUGUGGGGCGUGAGAGUGUGGGGCGUGAGAGUGUGGGGCGUGAGAGUGUGGGGCGUGAGAGUGUGGGGCGUGAGAGUGUGGGGCAUGAGAGUGUGGGGAAUGAGAGUGUGGGGCAUGAGAGUGUGGGGCGUGAGAGUGUGGGGCAUGAGAGUGUGGGGCGUGAGAGUGUGGGGCGUGAGAGUGUGGGGCGUGAGAGUGUGGGGCGUGAGAGUGUGGGGCAUGAGAGUGUGGGGAAUGAGAGUGUGGGGCAUGAGAGUGUGGGGCGUGAGAGUGUGGGGCAUGAGAGUGUGGGGCGUGAGAGUGUGGGGCGUGAGAGUGUGGGGCGUGAGAGUGUGGGGCAUGAGAGUGUGGGGCAUGAGAGUGUGGGGCGUGAGAGUGUGGGGCGUGAGAGUGUGGGGCUUGAGAGUGUGGGGCGUGAGAGUGUGGGGCGUGAGAGUGUGGGGCGUGAGAGUGUGGGGCGUGAGAGUGUGGGGCGUGAGAGUGUGGGGCGUGAGAGUGUGGGGCGUGAGAGUGUGGGGCGUGAGAGUGUGGGGCGUGAGAGUGUGGGGCGUGAGAGUGUGGGGCGUGAGAGGGUGGGGCUUGAGAGUGUGGGGCGUGAGAGUGUGGGGCGUGAGAGUGUGGGGCGUGAGAGUGUGGGGCGUGAGAGUGUGGGGCGUGAGAGUGUGGGGCGUGAGAGUGUGGGGCGUGAGAGGGUGGGGCGUGAGAGGGUGGGGCGUGAGAGUGUGGGGCGUGAGAGUGUGGGGCGUGAGAGGGUGGGGCGUGAGAGUGUGGGGCGUGAGAGUGUGGGGCGUGAGAGUGUGGGGCGUGAGAGUGUGGGGCAUGAGAGUGUGGGGAAUGAGAGUGUGGGGCAUGAGAGUGUGGGGCGUGAGAGUGUGGGGCAUGAGAGUGUGGGGCGUGAGAGUGUGGGGCGUGAGAGUGUGGGGCGUGAGAGUGUGGGGCGUGAGAGUGUGGGGCAUGAGAGUGUGGGGAAUGAGAGUGUGGGGCAUGAGAGUGUGGGGCGUGAGAGUGUGGGGCAUGAGAGUGUGGGGCGUGAGAGUGUGGGGCGUGAGAGUGUGGGGCGUGAGAGUGUGGGGCAUGAGAGUGUGGGGCAUGAGAGUGUGGGGCGUGAGAGUGUGGGGCGUGAGAGUGUGGGGCUUGAGAGUGUGGGGCGUGAGAGUGUGGGGCGUGAGAGUGUGGGGCGUGAGAGUGUGGGGCGUGAGAGUGUGGGGCGUGAGAGUGUGGGGCGUGAGAGUGUGGGGCGUGAGAGUGUGGGGCGUGAGAGUGUGGGGCGUGAGAGUGUGGGGCGUGAGAGUGUGGGGCGUGAGAGGGUGGGGCUUGAGAGUGUGGGGCGUGAGAGUGUGGGGCGUGAGAGUGUGGGGCGUGAGAGUGUGGGGCGUGAGAGUGUGGGGCGUGAGAGUGUGGGGCGUGAGAGUGUGGGGCGUGAGAGGGUGGGGCGUGAGAGGGUGGGGCGUGAGAGUGUGGGGCGUGAGAGUGUGGGGCGUGAGAGGGUGGGGCUUGAGAGUGUGGGGCGUGAGAGUGUGGGGCGUGAGAGUGUGGGGCGUGAGAGUGUGGGGCGUGAGAGUGUGGGGCGUGAGAGUGUGGGGCUUGAGAGUGUGGGGCGUGAGAGUGUGGGGCGUGAGAGUGUGGGGCGUGAGAGUGUGGGGCGUGAGAGUGUGGGGCGUGAGAGUGUGGGGCGUGAGAGUGUGGGGCGUGAGAGUGUGGGGCGUGAGAGUGUGGGGCGUGAGAGUGUGGGGCGUGAGAGGGUGGGGCUUGAGAGUGUGGGGCGUGAGAGUGUGGGGCGUGAGAGUGUGGGGCGUGAGAGUGUGGGGCGUGAGAGUGUGGGGCGUGAGAGUGUGGGGCGUGAGAGUGUGGGGCGUGAGAGUGUGGGGCGUGAGAGUGUGGGGCGUGAGAGGGUGGGGCGUGAGAGGGUGGGGCGUGAGAGUGUGGGGCGUGAGAGUGUGGGGCGUGAGAGGGUGGGGCUUGAGAGUGUGGGGCGUGAGAGUGUGGGGCGUGAGAGUGUGGGGCGUGAGAGUGUGGGGCGUGAGAGUGUGGGGCGUGAGAGUGUGGGGCGUGAGAGUGUGGGGCGUGAGAGUGUGGGGCGUGAGAGUGUGGGGCGUGAGAGUGUGGGGCGUGAGAGGGUGGGGCUUGAGAGUGUGGGGCGUGAGAGUGUGGGGCGUGAGAGUGUGGGGCGUGAGAGUGUGGGGCGUGAGAGUGUGGGGCUUGAGAGUGUGGGGCGUGAGAGUGUGGGGCGUGAGUGUGCAGGGCGUGUGAGUGUGGGGCGUACGAAGCGGCUGAGGUAG